CACAGUGGAUCUGUGUAUUCCCUUCUUCUCAUUCCCAAGGCCCAUUUGUAUACUCUGAUCUGGGCAUACAUAUGUUUCCUGGUGUGUGCCCUGGGUGUGACAGCGGGUGCCCAUCGCUUGUGGAGUCACAGAUCUUACAAAGCCAGACUGCCUCUGCGGAUAUUUUUGGCUGCAGCCAAUUCAAUGGCAUUUCAGAAUGAUAUUUUUGAGUGGGCCCGAGACCACCGAGUGCAUCACAAAUACUCCGAGACGGAUGCUGACCCGCAUAACGCCCAGCGAGGGUUCUUUUUCUCCCAUAUCGGCUGGCUCUUUGUUCGGAAGCAUCGCGAUGUCAUUGAGAAAGGAAGAAAACUGGAUUUCAAUGAUUUGUUGGAGGAUCCGGUGGUAACCUUCCAGAGAAAGUACUAUAGAAGUUCAGUUGUGUUGAUGUGUUUUGUCAUUCCUACUAUCGUGCCUUGGCAUUUCUGGGGCGAGAGCAUAUGGAAUUCCUACUUCUUGGCUUCUAUUCUCCGCUACACCGUCUCCCUCAACGUUACAUGGUUGGUCAAUAGUGUGGCUCACAUGUAUGGGAACAGGCCCUAUGACAAAAGCAUCAACCCUCGGCAGAACCACUUCGUCACUUUUGGAGCUAUCG